AUGGCCAGUCCUACCGUUCUUACUUUUGACGCUGAGGGCCGUCCGAUUAAGUUCGAUGUUUGGCUCGAUGACCUUCACCUCUACCUUCAGAUCACCGCCAAGGACGAUAUUUCCCUUUAUGACCACACGUCCGGCGCCGCUCCCGCACCUGCUGCUGAUGCUGAUAGCACUUUGCGCUCACAGUGGCAGACCCGUGACGCUCAUGCUCGCCUAGCCGUUCGCAGCCACCUGCCGUUAGAUGAGCGCGAGCACUUUGGCCAGCAUAAGACCGCUAAAGAGCUGUACGACGCAGUAGUCGCGCGCUACUCCUCCCCUGCCACUGCUGCUAUAGGCCGUCUCUCACUGCCCUACCUCUUUCCCGACCUGUCCGCCUUUGCCACUGUAGCUGACCUCAUCACCCACCUCCGUACCAGUGACCUCCGCUACCGUGCCGCGCUCCCCCCCGAUUUCCUCGCCAAGACCCCCCCCCCCCCCCCCGAUGUACCUCACACUUUUCUCGCCCUCUUCCCCACUGACCUCACUGUCGACCUCCUCGAGAAGGAACUCCUAGCAGCUGAGAAGAGUAUUGUAGCUGUAGGUGCCUCUCGUGGUGACCCCCGCACCCCCUUCUUUGAGGGGUGUUCCCCUUCCCCCCUCCUCCCCUCUAUUGCAUCUGCUGCUGCUAUCGACUACCUCGGAGCUGAGGGAGUCGGGGCCGCGUCUACCCCUAGUGGGAGGCGCAAGGGCGGCAGGAGCAAGGGGGGCAGGGGUGGUGGAGGUGGAGGCGGGGGCGGCGGUGGUGGAGGGGGUGGGGGGGCGGGGGUGGUGGCGGAAGUGGGAGUGGCGCGGGUGGUAGGGGGGUCAGUGGCGGCACAGGGGGUGGUGGCGGCGGCGGCGGUGGUGGGGGUGGUGGGGGAGGUGGUGGCAGUAGUGGCGGCGGUGGAGCGGGUGGCGGGCGCGGUGGAGCGGUGCAGCGUGGGGGGUUCGGAGGUGGCCAGAGGCAGCCGCAGCAGCGUCCUGGCGAGACUCCCUCGCCCCAGCAGCUUCGUGAGUGGUACUCUCAGCGUGGGGGGUCUGGGGCGCUGCUUCUCUCGCCUCGACGACGCCUGGCGCGAGCAGUUCCCUGACGCCUCUGAGCUGCCUCGCUGGGCUGAUCUGCUUAGGAAGGGGAUUGAUGUCUUUGCUCUUGAUUAUGAUGCUAUCCUUGCUGCCAUGUAUGCAUUGACUAUUAGUGCUGAGGGUGACUGUUACCUGAGUGUGCCGCCCGACCCAGGUAUUGGUUCUGGUAAGGCUGCUGCGCUAGGUGCUCGUGCGUCUGCGUCUGCUGGUACUGGGUCUACUGCGGCACUGCACACUUUCACACUGGACUCAGGUGCUUCCCGCUGUUUCUUUCGUGACCGCACUAUCCUUGAGCCGCUAGCUCGGCCUGUUGCUGUCUCCCUUGCUGACCCCUCUGGGGGCCCGGUCCUUGCGACCUCCUCCACUGUUCUCCCUUGUCCUGCGGCCCCGUCUGGCACUCUGUCGGGUCUCUACCUCCCCUCGUUCUCUACGAACUUGGUGGCGGGCUCUGCUCUCCAGGACGGGGGUGUUCACCAGUUCACCCCUGCCUAUGAGCGGGUGACCCAUUGUACGUGUGCUCGGACGGGUCGCCACCUGGCUACCUUCACUCGGCAGCCGGGGUCCGACCUGUACACACUAACCACUGAGUCCCCUCAGGUAGCUGCGUCUGCGUCUGCGUCAGGUCAGCUGUCGGCUCCCUGCUCGUGUCGCUCCCUGUCACACCAGACCGUCCUCUGGCACCACCGCCUUGGUCACCCCUCCGUGCAGCGCCUUCGUGGCAUGCACUCCCGGUACCUUGUCUCUGGUCUUCCCAGAGUUCUCCCUCCCCUCCCACCCUCGCCUGCUCCUCCCUGUCUUCCCUGUGUCGAGGGGCGGCAGCGCGCCACCCCUCACUCCUCCUCGUUCCCUCCCACAGAGGCUCCCCUGCAGACUCUUCACCUGGACGUGUGGGGCCCGGCCCGCGUCCGGGGACAGGGCCACGAGCGGUACUUCCUGCUGGUCGUCGACGACUACACGCGCUACACCACGGUCUUCCCCUUGCGCACCAAGGGUGAGGUCCCUGAUGUUUUGAUCCCUUGGAUCCGCGCCGCUCGUCUCCAGCUCCGCCAGCGGUUCCAGUCGGACUUUCCCGUCCUGCGUCUGCACUCUGACAGGGGUGGUGAGUUUUCCUCCGCCCUCCUGGCCGCCUACUGUGCGGAGCACGGCAUCCGCCAGACUUUCACUCUUCCGGACUCCCCACAGCAGAAUGGGGUUGUUGAGCGCCGCAUUGGUUUAGUCAUGGAGGUCGCUCGUACCUCCUUGAUCCAUGCGGCUGCCCCCCAUUUCCUGUGGCCGUUUGCAGUGCGGUACGCUGCGCAUCAGCUCAACCUUUGGCCCCGUGUCUCUGCUCCAGAGACUUCGCCCAUACUGCGUUGUACGGGGGAGGUUGGCGAUGCGUCCGUGUUCCGUGUCUGGGGAUGUCGAGCCCUUGUUCGCGAUACGUCCGCGGACAAGCUCUCCUCCCGUGCCGUUCCCUGCGUCUUCCUUGGCUUUGUCCCUGACGCGCCUGGCUGGCAGUUUUACCACCCCACCUCGCGCCGUGUCUUUGCCUCUCAGGACGUCACUUUUGACGAGUCGGUACCCUUUUACCGUUUGUUCCCCUACCGCACUGCGCCGCUUCCCCCCUCGCCGCUCUUCCUCACCCCAGACCCGGUCGAGCCUGUCGAGGUAGCUGUUGACUCUGGUCCUGCGAGGGGUGCUGUGACUGGGGGUGCUGAGCCUGGGGUUACUGAGCCUGGGGGUGCUGCGCCUGGGGGUGCUGCGCCUGGGGGUGCUGAGUCUGGGGGUGCUGAGCCUGGGGGUGCUGGGUCUGGGGGUGCUGAGUGUGGGGGUGCUGAGCCUGGGGGUGCUGAGCCUGGGGGUGCUGGGUCUGGGGGUGCUGAGCCUGGGGGUGCUGAGCCUGGGGGUGCUGAGCCUGGAGGUCCUGCCUCUGGUGGCGCUGGAGCUGGAGGUUCUGGAGCUGCUGGAGCUACCGCUGGUGCUAGAGGUUCUGGAGCUGCUACGGGUGCUGGCGCUGCGGGUUCUGAGUCUGCUGUUGUGCGGUCUCCUUGGAGUAGCCGCCUUCCUCGGGACUCUGCUCCGGGCGGUGCUUCCAGUGACGUCGCUGGAGAUGUGAGUGGUGCUGGUUCGUUGUCUCCCGGAGGUGCUCGUCCCGCUGGUGCUCGAGCUGCUGGGGCUGGUGGUGCUGUGUCUGAGGGUGCUCCCACUAGGGACACUGCGAUUGGGGGUGCUGCAUCUGGGGGCGCUACUGCUGGUGGAGACAGUCCUGGAGGAGCUGCCGCUGGGGGUGGUGGAGCUGCUGGAGGUACAGGAGCUGCUGUUGGUGCUGGAGCUACUGGUGAUGGCGGCACUACCCACUCGCGCCUUCUUCCGUCUUCUACCGGUCUUCCCCUCCUGCCUGACUCACCGCUUCCUGCUCCUUCUCCUUACACUGAGCAGUCAGGGGGUCUUACUGAGCGUCGUGAGCCUGCGUCACGUCCUGUCUCGCCUGUUCGUUCUAGUCGCACCGUUCGUCGUGUCCCUCGUUCGAGGUCGCCGACUGUCCCCGGCGCGCACCUUGUCGUCCGUCGUCCUUCCUCUGUUCCACAGUCUGUUCCUCUGCCGUCCCCUCCUGCGUCGUCUUUGCCUCAUGUUCCGGACCCUGAGUCUGACCGGUUUCGUGCUGAGCACCCUACUGUCACGCGUCUGCUAGCCACUGUUGUCACUGACCCCUCGUUUGAGUCUUCUGCUGCGUCUGCCUUGGUCGCUGAGCUUGUUGACUUUGCUGCUGCCUGUCGUCUAGACUACGCUGCUAGCCUUGUUGCUGAGUCUGAGUCUGUCUGUCCUCCGUCCGUCGGGGGUGAGUGUGCUCUUGGCACGGACGUCCUUCAGGACAGACAGGAGGACCUUGAGUGUCUUGCAGCCGCUGCGCCUCAUCUCGUGGCCAUGCUGCUUGCCCCUGAGGGAGACCCGGAUGCUAUAGACAUCCCUACCCCGCGAUCCUACGCUUAG